AUAAAUUUACAUUCCGUGUAUUGAUAUUUAAAAUAAAGUACAGAAAUUUCUCAACAGAAAUCCAGCAAAAGCACAUAUUUCCCAACGGCUCUAUUGCGAAUGCUUUUGACAUUUGAUUCAAACAUCUGUUCGUUCUCAAAUAGUAAUGUCAACAAUAGCAGUUCCCAAAACAACCUCUAAUAUUCAAUUGCAGGCAACAACGAGUAAUAAUAUACAUCGUUUGCAUUAAAUACACAUAAAGUGUAAGUGGUCGUUAUAAUGGUAAAGCUAAAAUAAUAUAUGUAAAUAUAUUGCGUGCUAAGAAACAAAUAAAGUGAUCAGCUUCAGCGCGUUGUGGAAAUGGAUCCCUGGAUUUUUCUCGGCGUUAUUGUGGUGCUUUACUGCGUUUGUUUUUUCAUUGAUCGCCUGUUCAAGAGCUGUAUGCACUAUCCAUAUGAUGCAUUUCUGAAAAAUACUGGCCUGACAGUGCAAUUUAUGCGCCUGCGUUGGCACACAACUGCAUUUAAUCGUGCCAUGCUACGAUGGGGUAACAAUAGCGGCUGGAUGCGUCUAUGGCUCACACGUAGCUACACUGUCGGCGUCUUGGUGUCCUUGUCGUUGUUACCAAUUGGUAUAAUUUUGUUAUUUAUAACAAUAUUUAAUGGCGAAAAUAAUAGUACAGCAAAUGUCGGCACCAGCGGUGCUACUCUGAAUGGACCAGGCGCCGAAAGUGGGGUACUACAAAAUGCACCAAAAGUGGAAAUUUUAUUGCCGGGUGUUAAUUUACCACUCGAGGAAAUUGGUUAUUAUGCAUUAACUUUACUCUUAUGUACAAUAGUACACGAAUUCGGACACGCUUUGGCGGCGGUGCAAGAAGAUAUACCGGUGAUUGGAUUUGGGUUUCAACUUUACCUGUGCCUACCGUUCGCAUAUACCGAGAUCUCCACGGAACACCUGAAUGCACUAAAAUGGUUCAAGAAGCUGCGUAUUAUCUGCGCUGGCAUUUGGCAUAACUUUUUAUUUGCUUGCUUCUGCUACUUGCUCCUCUCCACGUUGAGUUACGUUGCCGCUCCGUUUUACACGGUAGACCAUGGCGUUGUGGUUACAGAUAUGACACGCAAUUCUCCGCUGGUUGGCACAGCAGGCAAAGGACUAAUAACUGGUGAUAUUGUUACACAAAUUAACGACUGCAAAGUAAACACAGAGUCAGAUUGGUACGAUUGCCUUCGACGUUCGAUACGCGCCCCACAUCUGGGAUACUGUGUUUCCCAUGAUUUUAUACGAUACAACGAUGAAAGCAUCGAAAUCUCACAUCACAGCGCCGAUGGCAUGCUACAAUGUUGUGAUGAACGCAACGUAAAACUUUGUUGCUUCGAGUCUGUCGCUGAAGGCCUUAAUAGCUUGGAAACUGCGGAAAUUACAGAUACAGCCGAACACGCACAAAUACCGCAACAUGUUUGUCUAGAUGUACGCCGGACAAUAGAAGACUCGCAUGGUUUCUGUGGCGGUGGCGUUGGCAAAAGCAGCAAAUCGAGUAGAGACAGUUUCUGUCAGAGUGGUUUCUGCUUGCGUCCUUUACUACGCAACACAACUACGAUUUUAACAUUCAAACGCACAAGCGGCGGCACCAAAAGCCAACUAACAAAAUUGCGCGAUGUCAUCUAUAUUGGACAUCCAGCUGACGUUUCGAGUACAGUGCGGAUAUCACCUUUCGUGCCGCGUCAGUCCUAUGUGUCACCCCAAUGGGGAGAUACUUACGCUCUCUUCCUCAAAUAUAAUGUGAUUUUCAGUUUUGGUCAAGCGCUUCUAAACGCCAUACCAUGCUUUGGUCUUGAUGGCUAUCACAUCACAAGCACUAUCGUACACAGUUUUCUAGUCCAGCGCGUAACUGAACGCCCAAAACGCGAUUUUAUAGCAUUACUAGUCGCUGGCACAGGCACGAUACUGUUUGGUUCAGCGCUUUUGAAAGUGCUUUGGAUGAGUGUGAUACGAUUUCUAUACUAGUCCGUUAAGUGGUGCUAUUUCUGUUGAAUUUCUCAACUUCUUAAGUAACUACAAUUAUUAUUUAUUUUUAUUGCAUACUUAACUUGUCUAUAGUAAGACGCGCGUAAUGCAUGCUUAAUGAUAACAAAAACACAUUAAUUUAUAGUUUUUCUACCAAAUAGUUGAUGCUGUAGUAUUCAAACAAACAAUUUACUGCAAUUAAAAGGACCUAGACGCUGAUUCGAAUAGCAUGCAUUAUAUCGAGUUAACAUUUUCUAAUAAUGUAGAUACGUAAACGUAACGUAUUCACCUAAAACGUAAUAAGUUAGACUAAAGUUUGUAGUGGAUCCAACAAGCCACUAAAUCGGAACUGCUGAAUUACCAAAUAAUAUGCACAAACUGGCAAAUAAAUAAAUAAAACGCUAUACUCAAAUAAAAUAAAAUA